AACAAGAAAAAAAAAGUGAAGACAGAUUUAUUUUACGCACCGGGGGGAAAAAGAGGGAAAUAGUUGGAGAAAGGACAGAAAAAGAAGGAGGACCAGAGGAGAAGGAGAGGCUUCGGAGUUUAUUUUUCUUUAAAUUUGUCUUCUCUCACUCUCAUGACUCAAAAAGGAUUCCUGCUAAAUUCACCCGCUCGGGAGGAAUUGAUGGUGUCUUUUUGGGGAGCCGAGGGGAGGAAUCUGAAUGCGCUCGGCUGAACCAUGCCAGCCUUGUGGAUCAUAACUUUGGCGAUCACUUUAAACCAAGUGUGCUGCGUUCGUUUCUCCCAGGAGCCCGCAGACCAGUCGGUGGUACUGGGAGAACGGGUGGUGCUGUCCUGUGUCGUCUUCAACUACAGCGGCAUCGUCCAGUGGACCAAAGACGGCCUGGCGCUCGGCAUUGGAGAGGGUCUCCGAGCCUGGCCCAGGUAUCGUGUGCUGCGAGCUCUGGACAUCGGCCAGUACAAUCUGGAGAUCUCCAACGCCGAGCUCUCUGAUGAUUCUCUGUACGAGUGUCAGGCCACCGAGGCCGCCCUGCGCUCCAGGAGGGCCAAGCUCAAUGUGCUCAUCCCCCCUGAGGACCCAGUGGUGGAGGGAACCCCGGAGCUGCUGCUGAUGGCCGGAACUCCGUACAAUCUGACCUGCGUAACCCGCGGGGCGAAGCCUGCGGCGCACAUCCAGUGGACCAAGGAUGGAGUCGCCGUGGAGGGAGCCUACCAGUCCACGGAAGUGCUGCCAGACAGGAAACGAGUGACGACCAGGAGCUACCUGCCCAUCACUCCCGUUGACACCGACAGCGGCAGCAAUUUCACCUGCGUGGCCAGCAAUCCUGCAGUGCCGAUGGGCAAAAGAGCCACUGUCCAUCUCAACGUCCACCACCCUCCUACGGUGACCCUGUCCAUUGAACCUCGCUCCGUCCUGGAGGGAGAAAGAGUUACCUUCACCUGCCAGGCCACCGCCAACCCUCCAAUCAUGGGCUACAGGUGGGCUAAAGGUGGCGUCCUGCUGGAGGGAGCCAGAGAAAGUGUGUUUGUCACCACGGCAGAUCACUCCUUCUUCACUGAGCCAGUGUCCUGUCAGGUGUUCAACGCGGUGGGGAACACCAACGUCAGCAUCCUGGUGGACGUACACUUCGGCCCAAUCCUGGUGGUGGAGCCUCGGCCGGUCACCGUGGAUGUGGAUGCGGACGUAACUCUGAACUGCAAGUGGACUGGAAACCCUCCCCUCACCCUCACCUGGACCAAAAAAGGCUCCAACAUGGUGCUGAGCAACAACAACCAGCUGUACUUGAAGUCGGUGAGUCAGGCUGAUGCAGGCCAGUACGUCUGCAAGGCCAUCGUGCCCCGAAUCGGAGUUGGAGAAACUGAGGUCACGCUGACUGUGAACGGGCCCCCCAUCAUCUCCAGUGAUCCAGUCCAGUACGCCGUCAGAGGGGAGAGAGGAGAGAUCAAGUGCUACAUCGCCAGCACCCCCCCACCCGAUAAGAUUGUUUGGGCGUGGAAGGAGAACGUCUGGGAGAAAGAGAAAGGCACCCUGAUGGAGAGGUACACCGUGGAGCAGAGCAAACCUCCGUCACAGGGCGGGGCGGUGCUCUCCACCCUCACAAUCAACAACGUCAUGGAGUCCGACUUCCACUCUCCGUACAACUGCACAGCCUGGAACUCCUUCGGACCCGGAACCAUGAUCAUCACGCUGGAGGAGACAGAUAUUGUUCCGGUGGGAAUUAUCGCCGGUGGUACGGUGGGCUCCUCCAUUCUGCUGCUUAUGUUUCUACUGGCGCUCGCCUUCUUCCUCUACCGCCAACGCAAAGGCAGUCGCCGGGGUGUCACCCUCGGUAAGCCAGACAUCAAGGUAGAAACGGUCAACAAAGACACCCACAGCCUGGAGGAGGAGGCGGCCAACGUCUCCACAGCAACUCGUAUGGUCAAGGCCAUGUACUCCUUUCUGCCCUCUGUUUCCCUUUCUCCCUCCACUCAGCCAUUCAAAGACGACAUGGACCUGAAGCAGGACGUCAGGAGCGAGAGCGACACCCGCGAGGAGUACGAGCUCAAGGAUCCAACCAACGGCUACUACAAUGUCCGAGCCACCACCCACGACGAGGCGCGCCCCCAGUCCCGCAUCAUCCACUACCAGGGAGAGUUCCGCUCUCCGAACCUCAACAGUGGACCGGCCGGAGCUACGUCCAGCGGACCUCCAGCUGCCGCCAGCGGUGCCGUUCCCCCCAGCCAAGUGCCGGGCUCCAGAGCGGGCUGCUACGACCCCCGCCCGCCCUCCAGGAUUUCGCACACCACCUAUGCCCAGUUCAACACCUUCACCAGGGCGGCACAGAGCCAACAAGCGCCUCCUAAUCCUGCCCUCCAGUCACCCGGAGAUUACCCCGGAGACUGCGGCCUGCUGGACAGCACAACCCAACUGGCUUAUGACAACUACGGAUACCCUUCCCAGUAUCCCAGCUAUCCCAGAAUGGGAUUUGCUCCACCCAUAGAGGAAGGGCCGUCGUAUGAGAUGUACCCAACAGGACAAGGGAUCGGGCCUGGGCCAGGACCCGGACCAGGACCAGGACCCGGACCAGGACAGCAAAGUCCUGAAACAGGGCUGGGGAAGUAUGGAAGCUCUACUCGCUUUUCAUAUUCAUCUCCACCUUCUGACUAUUCCAGCAGACACACACAACGGAUGCAGACUCAUGUGUGAGAAACAUACUUAUACAUAAACACAAAAAUACUUUGGAAAAGGCUUAAAAAAAAAAAAAAAAAAAAAAAAAAAUCCCACCUUUGUAUACAUGAGCAGGAAUCCUUUUUCCAUAGCGACCACUGCAUGGAAUUUCAGUUCAUUUUUCGCCCAGCAGUUACCAGCAUCACAUGUAAUACAGUUAGCAACAGCGAGAGCCACAAUCAAGAGGAAAGAACAGUCGAGCACUUUGAAUACAGGAAGAAGAGGAGCUCAAGGAGGCACAGAGGAAGUUUUCUCCACCUGAAGUCCUCAUCUUGCUGUCAGAUCAUCUCCCUGCAUCUCCCACCUCAUCUCUCUGUAAAUAUGCGCAUAUGGAGAUUUGGGUCAUAUUAAAGUUACUUCCUUGUACAAAGAAUGCAAUGCAGUACGGUGAGCUACAGAAAAGCUCUGUUAGCCACACUUUUUUUUGCAUUUUCUGACUCUUACAUAUUGCAAAACACACACAAAUCUUUGAAAACGUAUUUGUUUCUAUGUGUUGCAGCAACGGGGCAGCUUGGACGAUGAAUUUAUCUGGCACUUUUUGAUCCUUCUUUUUCCUCAAGAAAACUUGCCCAAUGGCCAUUUCUUACAAGACCUACCUUGAUAUAAGUGGGACAAAGCUUCUUAAGGUGGUGCAGUGACUGAACCGGAGUGCCAAUGCUUAUGUGCCAACACACACAAACUAUUGUGUCUUCUUUUUGUAAAGCGUGGACAAUGAGGUGCUCUGGACGACGAGAUUUUUGUACACGCCGCACCGAAAGCGGAAAGGAGCGGUAGCAAGCAUCUCUGUGCUCCUUUUCCGCCUCCUCAUUUUCCCAUUUUUAUCAUCAUGAUGCAUUUCUAUACUUCAUAUUUCACUCGAUGCUAAAAACAAAACAAAAAAAAGCGGUAUUUGUGAAACGAGGUGCGAUGGGAGCGCUUUUUUUCAUCCCGGCGAAGUUUUCUGCAAUUUGUACAAAAAGGUACCUCCCCUACCCUCAAGUGUGAAAAAAUGUAUUUGUUUCUCUCACUUGCACAGUAGAAUAGAUUUUUUUCCCAUAUUUAUACGGAAACGUAUGAAGAACUUGGCAUUCAGAAGCAUUUUAUAGUAUUUUUAUAAGGAGUUGUGGACCAAAGGUUCAGCGUUUUGAGGGGGCACUUUUAACGUGUAUAUGGCUACGUGAUCGUUGCUAGAAACCUUUUGAAAAAAGAGACGGAUGGCGUUUUUAAAAGUGGAUGUUGAAUUAGAAAACUUGAAGAGCUUCACUCCAAAAUGAUGAAUAUCCAGCACGAGCGACUGUUUCCCUUUUGAUGGAUGUCUUUGUUUGGCAUGAAACUCUUUCUUUAACUUCCAGUCUUGUGACUGGACUGCCUUUCUCUCAAACGUUGACGACGUUCGAAGUGAUGGAUGGAGAAUAAGCAGCUGCUCCCUUUGAGCCACACUGCAAACUUUGUAAGCAAUGGGAACAUUCAAAUGUGGUCUAACAUAUCAAACGCGAAGGUACAGAGGGUUCUAUCUAGCUCAUACGGUACUUUGUACUACAUUUAAAGUGUGUGUAAUGUGUGGCGGUUUCCUCACUGCGAUAAGAAAUAUUUUGGUGGUAUUUUGUGUCUGAGAUUUUUCCGUUUUGUUGUGUCAGCUUUUGGUGUGUGUGAUUGGCUUUUAACUCCACAGGUUUGUAAUGAUGUGCAUUUAAAAGGCUGCUUCUCUUAAACCAAAUUGGUGAAGAGCAGUCGAAAUCAUUUAUGUUUGCACACUGACAUCUCAAAAACUUCACCUUUCACAGUGACAAUCAUUUUGUUGAUUUGACUACAAAGCAGCAGCAUCAAUCUUUACUAUAUCCUGACCUCAAAGUUGUAAGGUUCCACUUCUAAUCGCUUUUUUCCCCUGUUUUUAUUUCUUAAGGAAGAUAAUAAAUGUUUUUUGCAUCCA